AUGGCUCCGGCCAGAAUCGCCAGAAGACAUCAGACAGGCGAACAGUCUUUUGAAAAUACGCCAUCCCCCUCCUCAUCCGAUAAAGAAAACCGUACACGCCCUCGAAUUCGACCCGGAAAACGAAAAAGCGAUCAAGCAAUGCCACCCCAGAGCUUGCCUACUCCCACAUCGGAGUCGACGGCUAGCAAACGCAGGAGACUAGCCGAGAGAAAUUCAAAUCUAGGGCCCCAGUCUCAAUUACAGCCAUCGCAACGGCCCAAUACCGACUUUUAUGACCCCGACCAGGAUGUUGGAGAGCGUCGAGAAAUCCGAAAGAGCUUGCGGGAUCUCACUCGCGAUCUACAUGACUAUAGAAACGAGUAUCUUCAGGCCGGAAACAAGGGCAUUCUCAGUACAAUAAGAAAGGCAAACGAUCUUUUCGUGCGUGUCAAGCAAACUGCCGAUGCAACUGUCGACUCUCAUCUUUUGGUGAAUGCAGCGGAUCUCACUUACAAGAAAUCAGCACAACUUGCGACAGAUGGUGCAGUUGCGGGCAUUGAUGUUGACGAGUUUAUCUCCAAAUGUAUGACUUUCAUGCGCCGAGGUCCGACGACCGAUGCCUCCUCUUUUCCUACCGGUACACAACGUCGAAUACAACGCCGUCAAGACGGCGCCGAUAGUGAUGAAGAUGAAGGAGAUGCACUGAACUGGGAUUGGUUGGGACGAGCUGCCUGCUUCUCCCACAACGCUCGCCCAUCACUAUCCAGCUUCUUACUUGGGCCAUUAUCGGUCCAAAAACGCAGCCGGCAAUUCACGCAACGCAGAGCGGCGAAUCGUAUUGACACAUCAAGGGUGGACCGACCGCAAGACUUGGCAGCGGAGGAUUUAGACAAGCAGGAGACGUCUAACUUAACUGCAAUGUGCACUAAAAUCAAUAAACUUCUCCAAGAGACCCAAAAGAAUAGCCAAGAUGCAGUCAAUGAAGAAUUGGGUGCAUUGACAGUGGAUCCUACCGCAGAGGAAAUUCAGGAGGUCAUGGACAAGCACAGUAUCGCGGAUGACGGUGGUAUUCCGCUCUUCCGGUUCUGUAUCAACCCCAGGUCUUUCGGGCAGAGCGUAGAAAACCUCUUUUAUGUGAGCUUUCUUGUCAGGGAUGGUAUUGUUGGUGUAUCGCUUGAUAGCCGGGGUCUCCCCACCCUCCAAUCGGCAAGACCAUUCGCCCCCAGCGAGGCACAGGCCAAAGGUAUACAGAGACAUCAAGCUGUUUUCAGCCUGGAUUUCGACAUGUGGAAUGACAUGAUCGCGGUAUUUGUGAUUAAGGAAUCGAUCAUACCGCAUCGAAACGAAGAAGAGGAGAAUCCAAGAGAGCGCCCACAAGGAUGGUAUGGUUAA